AUGUUUCUCCGACCAAAGCCAGUCUCAUCAAGCCUGCGUGCACUUCAGCGCGCCUACUCGAGCACGCCUGCGCCACAUGCACUUGUUCUUCUUGAACAGCGUCAAGGAGACAUCGACUCGGCUUCGCUAUCUGCAUUGACUGCUGCCGAGCAGUUGGGUGGACAAGUCACCGGCCUCAUCGUCGGCGCAGCCCAGCAUGUGGCUGGAGCCGUGGAGAAGGCCAAAAAACUGAAAGGCGUCACUGCACUGCUCCACUCUUCAUCGGCCCAAUACGCAGAGGCAUCGACCGAAACGGUCUCUCUUUUGCUAGAGAAGCUGCUUUCCGAGUCCUCUCCCUUCACCCAUGUCGUAUCCGCGCACACGGCAUCCGCCAAGUCACUGCUACCCCGUGUAGCAGCGCGGCUCGACCUCCCCGCCGUCUCCGACGUCACGUCUCUGGAGCACGACGCAGCCUCGAACAGCACGACAUUCACGCGCCCGAUAUACGCCGGGAACGCCAUCGCCACUGUUCGUGCAUCCUCCGCCGUUCCCAUCAAGUUCUUCACCGUCCGUUCGACGGCGUUCUCUGCCGCUACAUCCACAGACAGUGCUGCAGAGGACAAAUCGCUCGAGCCGAUCGAAGUCUCGGAGCCUCUGUCGGAGCACCUCCAGACGCUUCUCGCAAAAUCCGACCGGCCGGACCUGGGUGUUGCGAGCCGAGUCGUGUCCGGUGGCCGGGCGUUGAAGAACGCAGAGACUUUCCAGUCGACUCUGUACCCUCUGGCAGAUGCGUUGGGCGCUGCCGUCGGUGCCUCGCGGGCCGCGGUCGAUGCCGGCUAUGCAGACAACUCGCUCCAGGUCGGGCAGACCGGGAAAGUGGUUGCCCCGGAGCUCUACAUGGCCUUCGGUAUCUCUGGUGCUAUCCAACACUUGGCUGGGAUGAAAGACUCGAAGAUGAUUGUUGCUGAUCCGGAUGCUCCCAUCUUCCAAGUAGCAGAUGUUGGGCUUGUUGCGGAUCUCUUUGAAGUCGUUCCAGAAUUGGUGACGAAAUUGAAGGAAUGA